GGGAAGUGUAGUUGGAAUAGAAAUGUAAGAGUACAGGCACAUUUAGAAACGUUUUGGAAUUCUUACAUCGUCAUUUUCCUUUUCCUUUCGUUACAGAGUUAUGGAAACCAGCGCGAACACCUCGUGACACGUCUAUUAGCUCUAUAAAGUUUGGAAAGAAAAGAAAUUUAUAAGCUGAAGCAGCAGAAGAAUAGUCAAAUUCAAGUUCCAAAUCGUAAAGAGUUCAACAAAAGGCUUUUAUCAACAGUUCUGGAAAACCUCAGUUUUAAAAUGUGUUGGAAUUCGAUUCUACGAGUGGAUCCUUGUUGUUUCCUUUUGAUUUCCUUACAGCCUUCAUGGAAACUGGCAGGAACAUUUCCAGACACGUCUAUUAUUCUAUAAGAGAAAGCCAUCUCUAAUAAGUUUGGAAAGAAAAGAAAAUUUAUAAGGUGAAGCAGCAGAAGAAUAGUCAAAUUCAAGUUCCAAAUCGUGAAGAGUUCAACAAAUAGCUUUUAUCAACAGUUCUGAAAUGGCAGACGAUUCCACAUAUGGUGUUUCUGGAAAACCUCAGUUUUAUGUGGGAUUGGACAAAUGUAUUGGAGAUUUGAGGGGACUGUUAUUCCAUAGCGAGGUGUCAAUUGUUGGGUUGCAAUGCAUGGGAGGCGGUGGAAAAACUACUCUUGCUUUGGCUCUCUUGAAUGAUCCUCAAAUAAAAGGAUACUUCCGCGAUAAUGUCAUUUUCAUCACCGUAUCGCAGUCCCCAAACCUGAUGGGAAUUUUAGAGACUAUGUGGGAAAAGAUUGCUGGAAGGAAGAGACCAGAAUUUCAUAAUUUGAAAGAUGCACAUAUGAAGCUGCAACAAUUGAUUUUGAGUCAAUCCAAACCAACUCUGGUGAUUUUAGAUGAUGUAUGGUCCAGAACAAAUUUGGAAAAUUUUCUAUUUGAAGGACCAGGUUACAAAACCCUUGUAACCACUAGAGACAAUUCCACUAUUCCAACAAGCCCGACUACCCAGCUGUAUCAGUUGCCAUUGUUGUGCCCAGAGGAUGCGCUGUCACUUUUCUGUUUCUGGGCUUUUGGACAGCCAUCAAUCCCAAGCACUGUAAAUGCGAAUAUUGUAAAACAGAAUUGCAUAUUACGGGUUCAGAGGAUGUUGUUUUUCUCACAGGUGCAAGCAAAAUGUGGCGGCUUACCACUUGCUCUAAAGGUGAUCGGAAGCUGUCUGCAUGGGGAACCACAUGAGGUUUGGGAGAGGGCAAAGGACAAGAUUUCUAAAGGAGAAUCCAUAUCAGAUUAUCACAAAAAUGGGCUUAUUCGAUUAUUGGAGAUCAGUAUCGAUUCCUUAGAUGAUGUAGCCAAGGAAUGCUUCCUAGAUUUAGGAUUAUUUGCAGAGGAAAGGAAAAUAUGUGCUGAUGCGCUGCUGGACAUUUGGGUUUAUGCUCGGAAAAUACAGUGGCAUGACGCUUUAUCCAUCUUAUCGGAUCUUGCAAGCAGAAACCUGUUGAAUUUGACUAGCACGCCAAGGAGAAGAGUAGCAAUCUCACAUGCAAAUGCCUCGGAGCUGUACUUUUCUCAGCAUAGUGUAAUGCGUGAAUUGGCCCUUCAUUUGGGAUGCCGAGACGGUGUAGUCGACAGGAAGAGGUUCCUGAUGGAUCAGAAGGAGCGCAGUUUGCGGGAAAAAUGGGACUUGCUUAAUCAUAAUGCAUGCGAUGUUCAAGUGCUCUCCAUUCACACAGGUCCCAUGGAGACAAACAACUGGUAUGAGAUGAAUUUACCUGAGACAGAGGCUCUUUUGUUACUCUUUACUUCAAGUGAAUACUCUCUUCCCCCAUUUCUGAAGUCCAUGAAGAAUCUAAAAUUUCUCAUGGUAUUGAAUUAUGGAGCAAAGAGGGCGACUAUAAAAGGUCUAGAUGUUUUAUCUUCACUUCCUCAACUCAAGAGUGUCCGCUUGGAGAGGUUGAGUGCACCACCUGUUCAUAAACAAAGCAAAGCACCACCAAACUUAGAGAAGGUAUCUUUAAGCUUAUGUGAAGGAUUUGAAUAUGCAUUCACAUUCAAUAGUAUCAAGCUGCGGGAUUUUAGCAUUGAUCACUCCAGCAACUUAGAGGAGGUGCCCCUCAGUGUCUGCUAUAUGCCUUCUGUUCAGAUGUGGUCUGUUAGCAACUGCCAUCUGGUUCAGAAGUUACCUUCUGACCUUGGGAAUAUGAGCUCUAUGAGAAUCCUAAGGUUAUCAGCGUUACCAGGUUUAAAAGAACUUCCACCAUCAAUUGGAAAACUUCGGCUUUUGGAAUGUCUAGACAUCUCAUUCUGCGAGGGGCUCAGGGAACUUCCAGAGGAAAUAGGGCAACUAAAGAAGUUGAGUGAGUUUGAUAUGAGAGAAUGUUCUCAUUUGACGAGACUACCUAGAGCUGUUUGUGCACUAAGUUCCCUCGAGCUAGUUAUCUGUGAUGAGAAGAUUGGCAAGCAAUGGAUGAGGGCCAAGAACAUUUCAAUUCCAGAGCUUCGAGUUGAAAUUGUGGAACCACAGUUUAGUCUGGACUGGCUUGAUGAUUGACGUCCUUUCUUACCUCUCAUCGUGAAGCAGAAGUUCUAAUUAACUUGACAAGUACCAUACCAUACAAGCUCUUCUCUAUUUUCAGCCUAUAGUAGAUCCCAAUCCUAGUUAUGAUCAUUAUUCGUUGUAUUUGUGGUCAGUAAACACACUUUAAUAUUUUGUCCUCGCAGCCCAACUUAUACUCCAUCCGAAGACAUUUCUUUGUCUUGUAUAAGUCACGAACUGGAUAUCUUGUAACUUCGUAGCAGGUAUAUGCCUGAAAUUACACGUCUCAGUCGCUUAGACUGUCUGCAGAUAGUACAAAUGCAGAGUAUAAAUAAAUAAAUAAAAAUAGUCUAUGAGAAACAUUUAACGUGCUAAAUGAAAAGAAAGGAAUUUGAAAUGUAAAAGAGAGCUAAAAUAGUCUGUCUGCAGAUAGUACAAAUGCAGUGUAACGUGACCAAAUAAAGAAA